UAUUUCCUCCUCCCGUGCAGGCGUGCACUCUCUCCCUCUCUCUCUCUCCUCCUCUCUCUCUGUCGUGGCCUUCUUUCCUGGCGACGACGGCUGGGAGAGCGACGCCGCCCUUCGCCGGCGACGAGCGCCCGCCCGGCACUCCUCUUCCCUUCCCCUGUGCGAAAUCGAGCACCGCAGACCCUAAUCUUUCACUAGGAGGAGAUCAGGCCAAAGAGGCAACAUGAUGAUGGGGACUCAACUAUGUCCUUCCAGUGUUCUGUCACUUCCGCGAGAUGAGAGUGGCGAUGAGGAGCUCUCGGUGCUUCCCCGGCAUACCAAGGUUAUUGUCACUGGGAACAACCGAACAAAGUCUGUCUUGGUCGGCCUACAAGGUGUUGUCAAGAAGGCUGUUGGCCUUGGAGGCUGGCAUUGGUUGGUUCUAAAGAACGGUGUAGAGGUGAAGUUGCAGAGGAAUGCUCUGAGUAUCUUGGAAGCUCCAACAGGCAAUGAAGAUGACAAUGAUAUCAAUGGCAAUAAUUCAUUGUGCAGCAGCUCCGACAUGGGCGAGAAAGACAUGGAUUAUUCAAGCAUAGACUACCACAAGCCAACAAAGCCAAGGGUUCGGCAUACAAGGCCAUGGUCCUCCUGCGCAAAAUCGAGCAACCGAGGCAAUUUUCAUCCGACCUCGAAGCUGCGAGCGAAAGUAAAUCUGACAAAGCUCGGAACACCCUCGCUGUGGAGAUACUGGAAGCACUUCAACCUUGCAAGCAUGAACCCCAGUCCAUCAAAGGAGGAGCUCUUCCAUGGGGCACAGCAGCAUUUCCAGUCACAGCAAUUGGACGAGUUGCAGGUCAUCCUGGGCUUCAUUCACACAGCAAAGCGGUUGAAGAGCCUGUACAACAGCUCCUAGCCUUGUCUGUUGGUCAUCUGCUGCACAGAUCCAUGCUUCUCAUCUCCUCCUUGGUGGUACAGAUGUCAAGAGUUUAGAUGUGCAGGUGCCUGGUCACUGGAAAAAAAAAAGGUCUUGGGAUAGCCUGAACAGAAAGAAUUAGAGGUGAACUUAAUAUGUAAUUCUUUUCUUUUUCUUACUUGUAAUGAUGAUGAGUUAUGUAAAACCCUUGGUGGUGGCAUAGUGUCGGACUGACAGAUCUCAAUUAUUGGAGAGAUAUUACUAGUAUAUGUACCUAGCCCUAGCAAGUGGUAUGGUCAACAGAAUGCCUGCCUUUUUUUAUCUU